CCCCACUUUCUCUUUUGACUUUCCAUUGUCUAAAAUCUCAUAACCUUUUCUCUUCAACUUCAAUUCAUCAAACCAUAUAUAUAUUCAACGUUCUUUCUUUAUUCUUCUUACAAAUAAACUUCAAAAAAUGGCCGUAUAUUUCUUUGCAGGUAUAGCACUUUUGUUUUUGUUCAAUGGAUUAACAAAUGGAAGAGUAUUGCAAUGGCCAUCAAUUGGAACGAAUUUUUUUGGAUUUAUUCCAACAAUUUAUGUAGAUCAAUCUGGUUUUGCCCAUUUUGAAACAAUUCAAUCUGCAAUUGAUUCUAUUCCUUCCAACAAUUCUUAUUGGAUUUGCAUCUUCAUCAAUUCUGGCUUGUACAAGGAACAGGUGACAAUCCCAGUUGAUAAACCAUUUAUUUAUUUAAAAGGUGCAGACGUGAAAACAACUGUUGUUAUAUGGGGUGCUCAUGAUUCACUUGUUACAAGCCCAACAUUUUCCUCUUUUGCUGACAAUAUCAUAGUGGAGAAUCUUAAUUUUACCAAUUCUUACAAUUACCCACCAGAGAAUAAUGGAAAUCAGAUGAAACCGGCAUUAGCAGCGAUGAUUUCUGGGGAUAAAUCUGCAUUUUAUGGUUGUGCUUUCUCUGGUUUACAAGAUACAUUGUUGGAUGAUAAUGGCAGACAUUAUUUUAAGCUUUGUACCAUUGAAGGUGCCAUGGAUUUCAUUUUUGGUACUGGUCAAUCCAUUUACGAGGAUUGUACAAUAUUGGUGAAUGCUGGAUCAAUAACAGAAGAUUAUGCAGGAUACAUAACAGCACAAGGAAGAUUAGAUCCAAAUGAUGCAAAUGGAUUUGUGUUUAAGAAUUGCAAAGUAAUUGGGACAGGCAAAGCAUUUUUAGGAAGGGCAUGGAGAGGUUAUGCUAGGGUCCUUUUUUAUAAGACUGACCUCUCCAAUAUUAUUGUUCCUCAAGGUUGGGAUGCUUGGAAUUUCAAAGGCCACGAGGACCAAUUGACCUUCUCAGAAGAAGACUGCGAUGGAGAUGGAGCAGACACUUCAAAGAGAGUUAGAUGGGAAAAGAAAUUAAGCAAAAAUAUGGUGGAAUCAUUAACAGAUUUGUCUUUUAUUGAUACUGAUAAUUGGAUUAACGGACAACCUUUUAUAUUGUUAAAUUAGACAUUAGUCACAGUACUUAAAAGUGUUUUUCUUUCUUGUUUUUCUUUCCUUUCUUUUGUAUGUCCUUUUAC